CAUUAUUCAUGUCAAGUUCAAUCUAAAAAUGCUUAAAAUAAUGUAAAUUUGUGAAAUUACUUACUAUUCCUGUCAUAUGAUGUUGAUAUUUAAAGUCGCAGCAUCUGCUCACAAACCUGCAAUAAUUCUUCCAGAAGUUUAAGAAUCCGGCUGGCAAUUUAAUGAAAAAUUUUAACCUAUAAGAGUUGACAAAUAAAAAGGACAAGCUUCAGUUAAUGGCUGAAAUGCAGUUAUAAGUCUUUGCAGUUGAAAAAACUUGCAUGGUUUUCGUGGAAAUUCUCUCACAUAGUUCCUAUCAACCCAACAGCUAGCUAGCGACUUCCAUGGACUCAGAUUUCCUAACUACCCCAACUAAACCUUUCUCAUUUUUUCUCUUUAUAUAUAACUCCAUUUGUAUCGAUCUCUCUCAAAAUUAAACUGUCUGGGGCGUUGAUUCUCUAAUAUCCCAUGGAAACCUUUCCAUUUGUCUUCAGCCUAGCUGCUGCAGUAUUGGCUUACGCCCUCUGGUUCCAUCUCCUAGCCAGGAGGUUAACCGGUCCAAGAGUAUGGCCUUUAGUUGGCAGCCUACCAUUUCUUUUCAUGAACCGGAGGAGAAUCCAUGAUUGGAUUGCUAGUAACCUUAGAGCAACAGGUGGCUCAGCAACCUAUCAAACCUGUACUAUUGCUCUUCCUUUCUUGGCUCGGAAGCAAGGGUUCUACACUGUCACUUCUCACCCCAAAAAUAUUGAGCACAUUCUCCGGACCCGGUUUGAUAAUUACCCGAAAGGGCCUCAUUGGCAAGCUGCAUUUCAUGAUCUUUUGGGGCAAGGGAUCUUCAAUAGUGAUGGAGAGACAUGGCUCAUACAAAGGAAAACAGCGGCACUUGAGUUCACAACAAGGACACUCAGGCAAGCCAUGGCUCGGUGGGUGAAUGGGACUAUCAAGAAUCGGCUAUGGUGUAUUUUACACAAAGCAUCCAAUGAGAAGAAAUCAGUGGACUUGCAAGAUUUGUUGCUUCGCUUAACCUUUGACAACAUUUGUAGCCUUACCUUUGGUAAAGACCCGGAAACACUCUCUCCUGACUUACCUGAAAAUCCAUUUGCUAUUGCUUUCGACACAGCUACUGAAGCAACUCUUCAUAGGCUUCUUUACCCCAGUUUUCUAUGGCGAUUGAAGAAGAUUUUGGGGAUUGGAGCAGAAAAAAGAUUAAAGAGCAGCCUCCAAAUCGUUGAAAACUACAUGAACGAUGCCAUUGAAGCACGGAAAGAGACUCCAUCAGAUGAUCUACUGUCCCGUUUCAUGAAGAAAAGAGAUGUUGGUGGCAACCUCUUUACAAGCGUCGUUCUCCAACGCAUUGCUCUAAACUUUGUCCUAGCAGGCCGGGACACUUCUUCCGUAGCCCUCAGCUGGUUCUUCUGGCUCAUCAUGAACCAUCCAGAGAUUGAACAAAAGAUCAUCAACGAAAUAUCAACGGUUCUCCGCGACACGCGCGGUCCAGAUCAAAAGAAAUGGCUUCAAGAGCCUCUGGUGUUUGAUGAAGCAGACAGGUUGAUAUAUCUCAAAGCAGCGUUAGCUGAAACACUGCGUUUAUACCCCUCAGUUCCUCAGGAUUUCAAGUAUGUUGCCCAAGACGAUGUCUUACCGGAUGGAACCUUCGUGCCCGCGGGCUCAACUGUGACAUAUUCCAUAUAUUCGGUUGGAAGAAUGAAGACUAUAUGGGGAGAGGAUUGCCUGGAGUUUAGGCCUGAAAGGUGGUUAUCACCAGAAGGUGACAAGUUUGAUCCACCAAAGGAUGGCUACAAGUUUGUGGCAUUCAACGCUGGACCAAGGACUUGUUUGGGGAAAGACUUGGCUUACUUGCAAAUGAAGUCUGUGGCCUCAGCAGUUCUGCUGCGUUACAGGCUUUCGCUGGUUCCUGGACACAGCGUGGAACAGAAGAUGUCACUCACUCUGUUCAUGAAGAAAGGCCUUCGUGUUUAUUUGCAGUCGCGUACACUUGCAUAG